UAACAACAUUCAAAGUAUUUCUUUUUAAUCAAAAUCUCCACUCAUUCCUUAUUACACACCAACCCACCAAAAUUUCCCAUCCAACUCCAAACCCAAAAAAAGUAGGAGUAUAUUCCAAUUUCCAUAUUGACAACUCCAUUCACCAACCCCAACAAAAUAGAACCAAAUUCAUUUCAUUCCUUCUUUCCCUCAAAAUUAAGUCAAAUUCUUACCAAAAAUAAAUCAAUUAAUCCCACAAAAUUUGGACAUUACCAAAAUUAAAAAUUAAAAAUUAAAAAUAACAUUGUCAUAAAUAAAACCACCAAUAAAAAAGCAGAAUAAACACAACCAUUUUACAUAUUCUCUCUCACUCCUGCUCUUCGGCGGAGCCUCCAACGCUUCUUCUUCGUCUUCCCCAAAUCUCCUAAAAUGCAGAGCUCUGCAAUUUCAAUCUCACCUUCAAUUUCCCACCUUAAACCUCUUCAAAACCCUAAUUUUCAAAAUCGUCCUCUUUUUUCGAUCAAUUCACUCCCAAUUCGACCUUCUCUCUCUUCCGCCGCCACUUCAGCUUCACGGAGGUUAUCCGUUGUUAGCAGUUUGAGUGAUGAGUCCAGUUUUAAUCUGAUCCGUCGAUCUUCUUCGUCGAGAUUUGAUGGGUUGGUUUCUUUGCCAUCGUUGAAGGGUAAGAAGCCGUCGGAAAAGGAGGAUGAGCUUGUUGUUAAAGCGACGUCGUUGCCUGAGAGUGCUGAUGCUGAUGAAGCUCCUAAAGCGAUUUCUCGGACUUUGGAGCUUGGGAUUUUGUUUGGGCUUUGGUAUCUUUUUAAUAUCUACUUCAAUAUUUACAACAAGCAGGUUCUGAAGGCAUUUCAUUAUCCCGUGACAGUCACAUUGAUUCAAUUUGCUGUUGGGUCAGUGCUUGUUAUCUUCAUGUGGAUGUUCAAUCUGUACAAGAAACCAAAAGUUAGCGCUGGGCAGCUAGCUGCUAUUCUGCCAUUGGCAGUUGUACAUACCCUGGGCAACCUCUUCACCAACAUGAGUUUGGGUAAAGUGGCAGUAUCAUUUACUCACACUAUCAAAGCUAUGGAGCCAUUUUUCUCUGUUUUACUGUCUGCUGCAUUUUUGGGAGAGAAUCCCACUCCUUGGGUUGUGCUUUCACUUCUUCCCAUUGUUGGAGGGGUGGCUCUUGCGUCUGUGACUGAAGCCUCUUUUAACUGGGCUGGUUUUUGGAGUGCUAUGGCUUCUAAUGUGACAAACCAAUCCCGUAAUGUCCUUAGCAAGAAGGUCAUGGUAAAGAAAGAGGAAUCAAUAGACAAUAUUACACUCUUCUCCAUAAUAACAGUUAUGUCCUUUAUACUAUUAGCCCCUGCGACUAUUUUCAUGGAAGGUGUCAAAUUUACUCCUACAUACAUAGAAGCUGCUGGAUUGAAUGUCCAACAACUAUAUACAAGGUCCUUGCUGGCUGCUCUUUGCUUCCAUGCUUACCAGCAGGUUUCUUACAUGAUAUUGCAAAGGGUUUCUCCAGUUACCCAUUCGGUUGGUAACUGUGUGAAGAGGGUGGUUGUCAUUACCAGCUCUGUUUUAUUCUUCAAGACACCAGUUUCACCUAUCAAUGCUCUAGGCACUGGAAUCGCACUUGCUGGGGUUUUCUUGUAUUCCCGGGUAAAGCGUAUCAAGGCAAAGCCAAAGGCAGCUUAAUUUUGACUACUGGGAAUGGUUAUUAACUUUGCCUCAUAAUUUCUUUAGGCAAAGAAUUUCAUUUUCCAAUUGGGAGGACUAAGUUCUAGGUCAGAUUAGGCAUUUGAAUUUCUUCCUAAUAUCUUCCAUUCAAAUGCUUACGAGUUGUGUUUGAUCGAUCAUUGAGAAUUCUUGAAAUUUCUUAUUGACAAAUAGGCAAUCUUGUAGUUUUUGUUAUUCUUUUUAAAUUAGUUUUGAUAUGUAGAAUCCAAGUCUUACAUCCCACUAUCAAUCAUAAUCUGUUCAUGUUUUUCAUGCUCA